AUGUCGGUGUAUAUUGGAAGAGCCUGGUCGAUGUUAAGGUUUUACAAAGAUGCAGCGUAUGCCGGAGUGUCGUAUUUGGUGAAUUCAAAAGGACAUAAGUGAGUAUUCUUUGGUCUGGGGGAAAUAUGAGAAAUUGUUGAAUAUCAAAAAAUAAAUUUUAAAAUAUUGUUAAACUUUAUUUGACGAAUCAAUAAAAUGCAUAUCGAAUUUUUUUUUGAAUAAAAAUUUUUUUUUAAUUUUUCAACGGUUUUUUUUUAAUUUUUUGAAUUUCAAGUGUUCUCAAUUUAUUCAAAUGCAUUAUUUUUUUUGGGUAUAAAACCAAGUAAUAAUCAUCAAAUUUUUAUAGACUUUUAUUAUCAGGCAUUUUUGAAACGUAGAAUUUUUUGUGAAAAUUAUUUAAAAAAAUGAUCGAAUUUUUUAAAUUUAGCCUAACAUUUGGGUUUCUACGUGAUUUCACGUGAUUUUUAAAAAUCUGUAAAUCUCUUUGAAACCAUUUUUUUUCGGAUUUUUACUGAAUUUGAAAAAAAUACUCCUCAAAGUGUCCUUUUCUAUCGUUUCUGUUCCAUUUUUCUCAAAAAGACACAAAAAUUGGCAAUAAUCUUGAUGACCACACAAAUGUUGUUUUGUUUGUGCGAUAACACAUAUUUUUUCGGCUGACCUUGUUCCUUUUCCACAAAAUUUGUAUUUUUAUUGAUUUUCUGCACUCUUUCAAUCAAAAAUCCAGUUUUUUCUUUUCAGAUCAAUGCCAAGUUUAAGCCACGUGGAACCAAUCGAACAGUUGUCGGCUGCUGUGACACGUGUUAUUGGACACAAUCCGGGACCAUUUACAUUGCAAGGAACAAAUACGUAUUUGUUGGGAACUGGAGAAAAGUGAGCAUUUUUUGAGAUUUGGAAACAGUUGGAUUUUUUUUAGAAUUCAAAAUUUUAUUGGAAAAUUAUUCGAACAGAAUACUUUCAGAAACAUUUCACUUACUUUUAGUUUGAAUAUUUUUUUGUAGCAACUCACCAAAAUUUAAUAUCAAAUAACUGAAACAGUUGAUUUCUUCAACAAAAAACAUCAAAAUUAUGAAGAAUUUUUUAAACAGCGGAUUUUUAACAGAAUCUUCUUCAAUGUACAGUUUUUUAAAUCCAUAAAAUUGAGCUAGAUUGAGAAAUCGCGAAUUUGAAGUAACUCCAAAACCACGGAAUUUUUUUUAAAAAACUUUUUGAAAUAUUACUGUAGGAUACGGACUUGAGCACGCAGCCGAAGUCUGUGUUGCAACAAGAACGUUUAAUUCUUAUUUCAUAUAUUAAAACUUGAAACAGUAGAUUUUUCUGAACCAAAUUAGUUUUUUUUGCAGAAAAAUUCUAAUCGAUACCGGCGAGCCAAACAUUCCUGAAUACAUAUCUGCUCUCAAAUCACAACUUCAAAAUUCGAAACUUGAAUGUAUUGUUAUAACACAUUGGCACGGGGAUCAUGUUGGAGGAAUCGAUAAUAUUAUCAGCGAGAUUUUGGAGAAUCAGAAAAUUCCGAUUUAUAAAAUGAAACGAGAUGGAGAUCAAGGAAUUGAAAGAUUCCAAUAUAUUGAUGAUGGAUUUUCAGUUGGAGUUGAAGGAGCUACUCUAAAGUGAGCUGAAAUGUGAUUUUUUUAGAAAAUUGAUGACGUGGAAAUUUAGGACUGUUGGUUGAAUUUGGAAAUUGGGUUUUCUAUAUUUUCAAAAAAAAAUUUGGAAUGCCUUCUGAAAUUUCUGAAAAUGAAAAUGUGACACAAUUUCAAUUUUUUAAUUGAGAAAAACGUUAUUUACGACAUUCGAGAAACUCCUAAUAUUUUCAGAACUUCAAAUUUAUCAUUACCUAAAAAUUCAAUUUUCUGUGAAAAUUUGAAAUCUUCAAGUCCUCCGACCUUCCCAAAAAAUCUCAAUUUUUGCAGAUUCAUUCACACUCCCGGCCACACCGCUGAUCAUUUUGCUCUUUGGCUCGAAGAAGAAAAAUCACUUUUCAGCGGCGAUUGUAUUUUAGGCGAAGGCACAACUGUUUUCGAAGAUCUUCAUGAUUAUAUGAAAUCACUGAACCUCAUCAAAUCUUUGAAACCUUCAAGAAUUUAUCCAGGACAUGGACCAGUUAUUGAAAAAGUUGAUGAAAAAGUGGAUGAAUAUAUUGAGCAUCGAAUGAAAAGAGAAAGAGAAAUUUUAGAAGUUUUGAAGAAAAAUGAGGAAAUUUCCAGUAUGGAUAUAACUAAUCAAGUUUAUGCAAGUUCGCCAUGGGCUGUUAGAUUGGCCGCUUUGAAUAAUGUGAAACUUGUGCUCAAAAAAUUGCAAAAAGAUGGAAUUGUUGAAAAUCCAGCGUUUGAGAUGUUCAAAUAUAUUGGGAAUACAGAGGAAUCAAAUUUGUAA